CAGUAUAAAACAUCCCUUACAUACAGUCGCCAAGUCAUAAUUUGCCGAAAACGCAAGCAAGUUUUGGGAUUGCAGGUGUAUUUUUUUGUUUUGGACAACCAUGAGACUAAUAGCAUUGAUCCUUCUUCUGGCUGUCAUUUCAGGCUGCCAGGCAUCUUCGGAGAUCCAGGAUGACCUCGAGGAAAAGUGGGAAGAGGGCGUGGACAAGCUCUGGGAGUACCUUUAUGGGCGCCGAACUACGCCAACAGCAACAGCAACAACAACACCAACACCAACGCCGACACCAACGCCAACACCGACAGAGACACCGACAGAGACACCGACAGAGACACCGACACCAACACCGACACCAGCACCAACACCAACACCGACACCAGCACCAACAGGAACCCCUGGUCCGGUAGAGGAACUCCAGAACCUGGUCGAAGACGCCAUGGAGGACCUGAACGAGUUGAGGGAGGACCUGGCCAAGAGGCUCGGGCCGCUGGUUCAGGACAUGGCCGACAGGGUGCGGGAGGACAUCAAGCGGCUCUUCGCCAAGGUCCGCGAGGACCUGGAGGAGGCCACGAACCGCGCCAAGGAGUACGGCGAGGAGGUCAAGAACCUGAUGCAGGACGACGGCGAAGGCGUCAGCGACAAGUUCAAGGAGUUCGACCGUCGACUGAGGAAGCGCCUCGCCAAGGACAUGGAGGACAUGCAGAAGACCGUGUCCGAUUACUUCAAGGACGUGGCGUCGAAGGCCCAGGAGGAGAUAGACGAAGCGAAGGACCGCCUCGAGCCCUUCUUCCGCAAGCUGCGCGACCGCGCCAAGGAGAAGCUGGACUCCGUCCUGGAGCAGCUGAAGGAGAAGACCCAGGGCCUCCGCGAGAAGGUGGAGAAGGCGGCCGAGGACACCCGCUCCACGCUGCAGAGGUGGUUCCAGCCCGUGGUCGACUUCUUCAAGUCCCUGGGCUAGGGAGGGAAGGGGCGAGAGGGAAGUCCGGUGGCCUCCCGGGGACGGGGACCAGGCGGGCGCGAUUCCCCUCUCGCUGCCGUGAACAGUCGGGUCAGGUCGGCUCGCCCACCCACAAACCCCCAGCCCCGACCCGUUCAGCUUGUAAACUUUUCAUUCCCGUCCGGGAUCGUUGACUAAUGGUCAAAAGAUGCCUGUGCUGUUAAUUCUGCGACCCUCUAAAGGUGUAAGAUCACAAAUACGCGAUUAUACCGUUCGUAACUGAACAUUCUAAUGCUGAUAUAAAAAUGACCACUGGCAAUUGCGUUCUAGAACAUGACUGGAAAAAAGAAAACGCUACUCUUCAAUGGCUUAAGGUACGAGAUGACAAAUAUGUGAUGAUUUUCUGAUGCUGUUGGUGAACGAAAGCAAUGGAGUUCUAGAACACUGACUGAGAAAAAAAAAAAGAUUCCAAAAAAACCUACAAAGAGUCGUGCCCUGCGCUCAUCCUCUCAUCAGCGAGCAAAGGCCGGGAAGGAGGAGGAGAGCGCUGCCGAAGGUGCGGCGCUGUUUGCUCAGUCAGCGCACAGAAUGGGAAGGCUGAUGAACAAGGAGGGGCAGCGCGAAAAUGAGCCGUAGCAUUUUGGCUCAUCUCCCAGGAUGUCUGUCAAGAGAAUGCGUUUGGAUCCCCAAGGUCACCUAAGUUCAGCACACCAACAUUUUUCUUCAUUUUCCCGCUCCUUUGCUACGUAAAAAAAAAAAAAAAAAAAAAGCUUCUUAAAAUACAACCCACUGCUCUCAAAAUGGCCUCUCGGUGGCGGCUGUAAAUGGGCAUUAUUAUAAUCCGUUCUCGCCUGUCAGACAAGGUUAAUAUGUACACGAAGAUGCGAUGCAUGGCUUGCGUUAUGAUCCCGGUACCCUGCCUCUGUGAACGUCCGCUUUUAUUGAAAUGAGCUACAAGCCUGUGCCGUGCCCAAUACCAGAUCAGAAUUCUUGUGCGCUUUGCUAUAGGCUGGGUGCUGAAAGGGUAGAUGGCCCAUGUUAUUCUAACAGUCCUGUUCUGAUGAGUGCACCGUACAGCCGCGGGGAAAGAUGUACCGCAGGCUCAGGUGUCGGACCGAUCGGUCUCCGGUGUGCCGAUGACACGGCCAGGUGGCAAAGGUUUCUCUCGUUUGGGUGUCACGCUUACAUUCUUAAUUGGUGGAGAACAGAAAUAAACUCGCGAACACCUGUGGGUGAGCCAAUCUCCAACCUGCGGGUUCCACAGCCAAAGCGCAGCCUGCUUUGCAGCCUGCGCACGUACCGUGCAACCUCUCUGCCGCGCAACGGCGUGUUUUGAGGGAGCGGGGCCCGUCCACACAGAAAGCAAUAUUUGUAGCAGAACCGAGAGGCGGUGUUGUCCAAGUUUUUUCGUAAGUUUUUGCACCUGGUGGCGGGGUGAUUUUAACUGCCGGCGGCUGCAGCAGGCUGAGCGUAAACAUUCUGCUCUGCUCCAGUCAUUCUUUAUAAAUCAGGAGAAAAGCUCUACCUUUCCCUUCUCUGUUCUGCCAAGGCCUGCAUGGACUGUAGGUCCAAACAUGCACAGUGCAGUAUGUGGAAGAUCUUUACCUAUCAGCUUAUUGGCUUCUGUAUUCUCUGGCCUCUCAUUAGCAUAUUCAGAUAUCACUGAGAAAUGAUAAGCUUCUCACUCUGGAGAAUUUUGUCUUUGCAUUUCAAUGUAUUUUACAGUAUAUGCAAAAAAAAACAAUAAUAAUAGCCGUCUAACUUGUGAGUUUUUCAUUGCUGCUGUCUAGUUUAUGUAACUCCCCCCCUCCCCCCCUCCCCAGGCAAUAGUUUGGCUGUUUGGCCUUGCGUGCGUGUGUGCAUGUGUGCGUGUGUGAGUGUCUGCCUGUCUGUCUGUCUUGAGUGACUAUCAGUGCUUAUAACCUUAUCCACAGCGCCAUCUUGGGGUGACAGCAAAAACAUUAAAAGAGUUUCGGACACA